AAUGAUCACAUAAAAAUAGUAUAACAUAAUGAAAUUGGAUAACCAAGAUACAUUGAUAACUAUAACAAUAAUAAGACAACAAGCAAAAAAAAAUCAACGCAAAUCUAAUAACUUGAUAGACUAAUCCUAUCCUAUAAUCUAAAAAAGCAAACUACGAGCAAAAUUUUUUUCUGUCCGAGGAUUUUAGAUUUUUUCUAUAAUAUGGGGUAUUUUUUCCACGAGAAAUCGAUUGGAGUUGAUCACAAGGCUGGGAAAAAUCCCAGCCUGCUAUCCCAUUUAUCUGCUACAGCAGAAUAUGCAGAAAUCCGCCUGUUAAACGAGGAAAACUGGCUGAGAACAGUUUCUAUUAUAAAUGUGAUAAGUACAGUAAAUUUAAUUUUGUCUUAACUGGCUAAACCCACAGAGACGUCAGUCGUGGGUUAUGGUCAGGGUCAACAUCAAGUUAUCGCAGCAGCUGGUAGUCCAAUCAACUGGUCGGUUUGAGAGCCAGUCUGUUGGAAGUCGGCAGAUGUCACUACAGUUCUCUGCAUGCUGGGGAAACCAAUGUUCGCCAAGUAAAUAACACAAGGACAGUGUUACGAAGCUAUAAUCGGUCUUUUACCCGGCGUGAUAAUUAUUGACAAAGUCAAUGAUACUUACAGUUUUGAUCCCUUUGAGUGACGUUUGUGACAUCUAAAAUCUGUGUAAAUUGUAUGCUGUGUUAGUUAUGACACUAGGAAACGUAUGUGCUAUUAUUUCCUUGAUUGUGUGUCUUUCAUCAAGAACCCUAAGUGUUGAAGGCGAUUCAAACGGUCGUCCUCCUCAGUCUGAGAAUGGAAGAUUAACGUCAGCGGUCGUUUAUGUACGGAAAACUGUCAGGCAGGUACAAGGAGGCUGGUGUACGAUCCCUGACCAGUUACAGAACGGCCGCUACUCCCCCAGCAGAAACAGAUGCCGUACUGGAGAUACAACCCCGGCUUGUCAGAUGAUACCUGGAGCCUACGUUCCUCCUAACUGGGUUAUCUACUUCAGCUGUAACCCUGGCUACAAGCUAAAUACAACUAAGAUCGUUGCUGUUUGUUUUAACGGUAAUUGGAUACCAGGGCUGGCCCAGUGUGAAACCGAUCUUUGUACCCCGAACCCGUGUGGAACGAACGCCAGGUGUGAGCUGGAGCAUCUUUCUUUUGAGGAACGACCUGUCUGCACCUGCAUCCCUGGGUACCUGGGAGAUCCGUUGUCCUACUGUCGACGAGACGAGUGUAGCACGGAUAACGACUGCCGUAAGGACCAGAACUGCACCAACUACAAUUGCGUUUCGUCUUGUACAAACCAGUGUGGUGUUGACGCUGUGUGCAACGCUCGUAACCAUGUAGCCGUGUGCUCGUGUCCGCCUGGCUACACAGGACGUCCUCUCACCCGUUGCUACAAUUGGGACGAUCUCGAAGUUGGACAAAAUUAAACGCGGACAACGAUAAAAACAGACCCCGCCUUAAUCAGACAACGAUGAAUCUGGACAUAUUCAAAUGUGUCCAAGUUUAACGUAGCACGCAAAAGACAAUCCUGGAAACUUAAUCUGUCCAAGUUUAUCGUUGUCCGGGUGUGUCGUUGUCCAACAACGGCGCGGUCCCUUGCUACAACAUCCCAGCUCCUGCCUGUCGUCAGAGCUCUCUACAGCAAGAAAUAACUUCUUCCAUAGUUAAAUUUCAGUCAAAUUUACGAUAAGAAAACUCAUCCUUUAAUUUAAUCUGUUCAAUCCAUUUCUGUCCCUAAAUUUAUGUUUACUUUCAAUAUUUUGUAUAUAAAUUCCACAAUUAUAUUUGAAUUGUGUAAGAGGUCUUUAUUGUCUUAAAUAUACAGUCUUUUAGCUUCAUUUUGUUUAUCAUUUCUUAGUGUGUACAAUAUAAUUAUUAAUUUACAAAGGUC